GCGAAAAGAAGGAGAGCGGGAGAUCGCCAUGGCUGAAGUGGGCGAAGGGGAAGACGAGAUACAGUUCCUGCGAACUGAUGAUGAAGUGGUUCUGCAGUGUACUGCUACUGUUCACAAGGAACAACAGAAAUUGUGUCUUGCUGCAGAAGGAUUUGGCAACAGGCUCUGCUUCUUGGAAUCAACUUCUAACUCCAAGAAUGUUCCUCCGGAUCUCUCCAUCUGUACUUUUGUUCUGGAGCAAUCAUUGUCAGUCAGAGCUCUCCAAGAAAUGCUGGCUAACACAGAGGAGAAAGCAGAAGGGCUAGUUGAUGUGGAAAAAUGGAAAUUUAUGAUGAAGACUGCGCAAGGUGGUGGUCAUAGAACUCUCCUUUAUGGACAUGCAAUAUUACUGCGCCAUUCUUACAGUGGCAUGUAUCUGUGUUGUCUUUCCACAUCACGAACAUCAAUGGAUAAAUUGGCUUUUGAUGUAGGUUUGCAAGAAGAUACCACAGGGGAAGCCUGCUGGUGGACUAUACAUCCUGCUUCCAAACAGCGUUCAGAAGGAGAAAAAGUGCGUGUUGGGGAUGAUCUCAUCCUUGUCAGUGUCUCAUCAGAAAGAUACUUGCAUUUAUCUUAUGGCAACAGCAGCUUGCGUGUGGAUGCAGCUUUCCAGCAAACACUUUGGAGUGUUGCCCCAAUCAGUUCCGGAAGUGAAGUAGCUCAAGGCUAUCUAAUAGGAGGUGACGUACUGAGGUUAUUACAUGGUCACAUGGAUGAAUGCCUGACAGUUCCUUCAGGAGAACAUGGAGAAGAGCAGAGAAGAACUGUCCAUUAUGAAGGUGGUGCUGUGUCAAUUCAUGCUCGUUCCCUUUGGCGACUGGAGACUUUGAGAGUUGCAUGGAGUGGAAGUCACAUUAGAUGGGGGCAGCCAUUCAGAUUAAGACACAUAACAACAGGGAAAUAUUUAAAUCUCAUGGAUGACAAGAGUCUUCUUCUAACAGACAAAGAAAAAGCUGAUGUGAAAUCUACAGCAUUUUGUUUUCGAUCUUCCAAGGAGAAAUUAGAUGUAGGGAUAAGAAAAGAAGUGGAUGGCAUGGGAACCCCAGAAAUAAAGUAUGGAGAUUCAGUCUGCUUUAUACAACAUGUAGACACAGGUUUGUGGCUUACCUACCAAUCAGUGGAUGCAAAGUCUGUAAGAAUGGGAUCUGUGCAGCGCAAGGCCAUCAUGCACCAUGAGGGCCAUAUGGAUGAUGGAUUGACAUUAUCCAGAUCUCAGCAUGAAGAAUCACGUACAGCACGAGUAAUUCGCAGUACUGUCUUCCUUUUCAACAGGUUCAUAAGGGGCCUUGAUGCUCUCAGCAAGAAAGCUAAGUCUUCCAUAGUUGAUUUACCCAUCGAAUCAGUCAGCCUUAGCCUUCAGGACUUGAUUGGUUACUUCCACCCACCAGAUGAGCACUUAGAGCAUGAAGACAAACAGAACCGACUAAGAGCUCUGAAGAAUCGACAAAAUCUCUUCCAAGAAGAGGGUAUGAUCAAUUUAGUGCUUGAAUGUAUUGAUCGCUUACAUGUGUACAGCAGUGCAGCUCAUUUUGCUGAUGUAGCUGGAAAGGAAGCAGGAGAAACUUGGAAAUCUAUUCUAAAUUCGCUGUAUGAAUUAUUAGCGGCUUUGAUUAGAGGGAAUCGUAAAAAUUGUGCUCAGUUCUCUGGAUCUCUUGAUUGGCUCAUUAGUAGACUGGAGAGAUUGGAGGCAUCUUCUGGAAUUCUUGAAGUAUUACACUGUGUGUUGGUGGAAAGUCCAGAAGCAUUGAAUAUUAUUAAAGAAGGACAUAUUAAAUCAAUCAUUUGUCUUUUGGACAAACAUGGCAGAAACCAUAAGGUAUUAGAUGUUCUUUGUUCAUUGUGUGUAUGUCAUGGAGUAGCUGUGCGAUCCAAUCAACAUUUGAUCUGUGAUAAUCUUCUGCCAGGGAGAGAUCUUCUUCUUCAAACUCGUCUUGUCAAUCAUGUGAGCAGCAUGCGACCAAAUAUUUUCCUUGGAAUCAGCGAGGGCUCUGCUCAGUACAGGAAAUGGUAUUACGAAUUAAUGGUUGAUUAUGUGGAGCCAUUUACAACAGCAGAAGCUACUCACCUUCGUGUAGGUUGGGCAUCAACAGAAGGCUAUUCACCAUAUCCAGUGGGUGGAGAAGAAUGGGGUGGCAAUGGUGUUGGUGAUGACUUAUAUUCCUAUGGUUUUGAUGGACUUCAUCUAUGGUCAGAGUCUAUCACAUUGUAUUUAUCUUACAGAGUACGAUUUUUGCUCGGAGGCCGCCAUGGGGAAUUUAAAUUCCUUCCCCCUCCAGGAUAUGCUCCAUGUUUUGAGGCUAUUCUGCCCAAAGAAAAGUUAAAAGUGGAACCCAGCAGGGAAUAUAAACAAGAUUGCAAUUGCUCAAGGGAUCUCUUGGGACCAAAUAUUUCUUUGUCACAAGCAGCAUUUACUCCAAUACCUGUAGAUACCAGUCAGAUUGUAUUACCUCCACAUCUGGAAAGAAUUCGAGAAAAACUAGCUGAGAAUAUCCAUGAACUUUGGGUGAUGAAUAAAAUUGAACUUGGAUGGCAGUAUGGACCAAUUAGAGAUGACAACAAGCGACAGCAUCCCUGUUUGGUAGAGUUUGCUAAAUUGCCUGAACAGGAACGGAAUUAUAAUCUUCAGAUGUCACUAGAAACUUUAAAAACAUUGCUGGCAUUAGGUUGUCAUGUUGGAAUUGCUGAUGAGCAUGCUGAAGAAAAGGUGAAGAAACUAAAACUUCCCAAAAAUUAUCUAUUAUUAAGCGGUUAUAAACCUGCUCCUAUGGAUCUAAGUUGCAUCAAGUUGACUCCAUCUCAGGAAUCCAUGGUUGAUAAACUCGCAGAGAAUGCUCACAAUGUAUGGGCUAGAGAUCGUGUAAGGCAGGGAUGGACAUAUGGAAUUCAGCAGGAUGUGAAGAACCGUCGAAAUCCUCGCCUUGUCCCCUAUACACUUUUAGAUGAUCGCACUAAGAAAUCAAACAAAGAUAGCCUCCGAGAAGCAGUCCGUACCCUCAUCAAUUAUGGAUAUAACCUUGAAGCUCCAGAUCAAGACCAUGCUGCAAGGCCUGAGGUGUUUGACAGUAUGAUGGAAAGGUUCAGGAUAUUCCGAACAGAAAAAACAUAUGCUGUAAAAACUGGGAAGUGGUACUUUGAAUUUGAAGCAAUAACUGCUGGAGAUAUGAGAAUUGGCUGGGCCAGGCCAGGUUGUCAGCCAGAGCAAGAGCUUGGCUCAGAUGAUCAAGCAUUUGUAUUUGAUGGUUUCAAGGCCCAACGAUGGCACCAAGGAAAUGAGCAUUUUGGCCGUACUUGGUUAACAGCAGAUAUUGUGGGAUGCAUGGUGGAUCUGAAUGAGCACACUAUGAUGUUUACGCUAAAUGGUGAAAUCCUUCUUGAUGACUCAGGUUCUGAACUUGCAUUUAAAGAUUUUGAGGUUGGUGAUGGCUUUAUACCUGCCUGUAGCCUGGGAUUGUCACAGGUGGGCAGAAUGAACUUUGGCAAAGAUGUUAACACUUUGAAAUAUUUCACUAUUUGUGGCUUACAAGAAGGCUAUGAACCUUUUGCUGUGAAUACAAAUCGUGACAUUACUAUAUGGCUGAGCAAGAGAUUACCUCAGUUUCUUCCAGUACCAACAAAUCAUGAACAUAUCGAGGUUACAAGGAUUGAUGGAACUGCUGAUACUUCUCCAUGCUUGAAAGUCACACAGACGUCCUUUGGAUCUCAAAAUAGCAAAACAGAUAUCAUGUUUUAUCGCCUAAGCAUGCCCAUUGAAUGUGCAGAAGUGUUUUCUAAAAUGCCGGGAGGAGGAAUGCCAACUUCUAAUCUUUUUGGCCCAAAGAGUGAUUUGGAUGAUUAUGAUGCAGAUUCUGAUUUUGAAGUUCUUAUGAAGACUGCUCAUGGUCAUCUUGUACCUGAUCGUGUAGAAAAAGAAGCUGCAAAAUCAGAGUUCAAUAACCAUAAAGAUUAUACACAAGAGAAACCUUCACGCCUCAAGCAAAGAUUUAUGCUGAAAAGGACGAAGCCAGACUACAGCACAAGCCAUUCUGCAAGACUAACUGAAGAUGUCCUAGCAGAUGAACGAGAUGAUUAUGAUUAUCUAAUGCAAACCUCUACAUAUUAUUAUUCUGUUCGUAUAUUUCCUGGACAAGAACCUGCUAAUGUUUGGGUAGGCUGGAUUACAUCUGAUUUCCAUCAAUAUGACACAAACUUUGAUUUGGACAGAGUCCGUACUGUUACAGUAACCUUAGGAGAUGAAAAAGGGAAAGUUCAUGAGAGUAUCAAACGAAGCAACUGCUAUAUGGUGUGUGCCGGAGAAAGCAUGAGUCCAGGGCAAGGACGCAAUAAUAAUGGAUUAGAGAUUGGUUGCUUGGUUGAUGUUGCAACUGGUAUCCUAUCCUUCACUACCAAUGGCAAAGAAUUAAGCACUUAUUAUCAGGUGGAACCAAGUACUAAAUUAUUUCCUGCAGUAUUUGCACAAGCCACAAGCCCUAACAUUUUCCAAUUUGAGUUGGGACGAAUAAAGAACGUAAUGCCAUUGUCAGCUGGCUUAUUCAAAAGUGAGCACAAAAAUCCACUUCCUCAAUGCCCACCCCGUCUCCAUGUUCAGUUUCUGACACAUGUUCUUUGGAGCAGAGUGCCAAAUCAGUUUCUGAAAAUUGAUAUAUCACGGAUCAAUGAACGGCAGGGCUGGUCAAUACAGUGCCUGGAGUCUUUGCAGUUCAUGUCCCUUCACAUUCCAGAGGAAAACAGGUCUAUAGAUAUUUUAGAACUGUCAGAACAAGAAGAACUGCUAAAGUUUCAUUAUCAUACUCUCAGACUAUACUCAGCAGUGUGUGCUCUUGGGAAUAACAGAGUUGCACAUGCUAUGUGUAGCCAUGUUGAUGAAUCUCAGCUUCUCUAUGCAAUUGAGAACAAAUACAUGCCAGGCUUCUUACGUGUGGGCUAUUAUGAUCUUCUCAUUGAUAUUCACCUUAAUAGCUAUGCCACUGCAAGGUUGAUGAUGAACAAUGAAUUCAUUGUCCCAAUGACAGACGAGACUAAAAGCAUUACUUUGUUUCCUGAUGAACACAAAAAGCAUGGCCUACCAGGUAUCGGGCUUAGUACAUCUUUACGACCCAGAAUACAGUUUUCUUCUCUCAGUUUUGUAAGAAUUAAUAGUGAGUGCUACCAAUAUAGUCCUGAAUUUCCUCUAGAAAUUUUAAAGUCUAAAACCAUAGAGAUGUUGACAGAAGCAGUUCAGGAGGGUAGCCUUCAUGUCAGAGAUCCAGUAGGUGGUACUACAGAAUUUCUGUUUGUUCCUUUGAUCAAGCUUUUUUAUACUCUUCUUAUAAUGGGAGUCUUCCACCAUAAAGAUCUGAAGCAUAUCUUGCAGCUCAUUGAGCCCAGUGUGUUUAAAGAAGAUAACGGCCAUGAAGAUGAAACCCGAAUAUUAGUGAAGGAACUAGUUAAAGAAAGUCUAAAUUUAGAGACAGGUGUGGAUGAAAUCAGAAGAGAGAAAGUUCCAGAAGAAGGACUUCUUCAAAUGAAGCUUCCUGAACCUGUCAAAUUACAGAUGUGCCAUUUACUCCAAUAUCUAUGUGACUUCCAGAUACGCCAUAGAAUAGAAGCCAUUGUAGCAUUUUCAGAUGAUUUUGUAGCAAAACUUCAAGAAAAUCAGCGUUUCCGAUAUAAUGAAGUUAUGCAGGCUUUAAAUAUGUCAGCAGCUCUGACAGCCAAGAAAACGAAAGAAUUUCGAUCCCCACCACAGGAGCAGAUCAACAUGCUGCUGAAUUUUAAGGAUGAUAAAAAUGAUUGUCCUUGUCCUGAAGAAAUAAGGGAUCAUCUUUUGGAUUUUCAUGAAGAUCUGAUGGCACAUUGUGGAAUUCAGCUAGAUGAAGAUGGAAUUCUAGAUGGAAACAGUGAUUUAACUAUUAAAGGUCGCCUGCUAUAUCUUGUAGAAAGACUCACACACUUGAAAAAGAAACAAGCAGAGAAGCUAGUUGAUGAUAACAAGAAACCAUCAACUCUCCAACAGCUGAUAUCAGAAACUAUGGUACGUUGGGCUCAAGAAUCUGUAAUAGAAGACCCAGAGUUGGUGAGGGCCAUGUUUGUUUUGCUACAUCGCCAAUAUGAUGGGGUUGGUGGCCUGGUUCGAGCCUUGCCCAAGACAUACACAAUAAAUGGUGUAUCAGUGGAAGAUACCAUCAACUUGCUUGCAUCUCUUGGCCAGAUCCGUUCUCUCCUCAGUGUUAGGAUGGGCAAGGAAGAAGAGAAGCUUAUGAUUCGUGGAUUAGGGAUUCUGUGCUGUUUUAACAUGUUGCCAAUUUCUGAAAUUCAUUUGAUAGCUUCUCCUUCUAUGCGUGGAUCAACACCUUUAGAUGUUGCAGCAGCAUCGGUAAUGGAUAAUAAUGAGCUUGCACUGGCUUUAAGAGAACCUGACUUAGAGAAGGUAGUUCGCUACUUGGCUGGCUGCGGUUUGCAGAACUGUCCUUUGCUAAUUUCUAAAGGCUAUCCAGAUAUUGGAUGGAACCCAGUUGAAGGAGAACGAUACCUGGAUUUUCUUCGUUUUGCUGUUUUUUGCAAUGGAGAGAGUGUUGAAGAAAAUGCUAAUGUGGUAGUCAGACUGCUCAUUCGACGGCCUGAAUGUUUUGGACCAGCACUGAGAGGUGAAGGUGGAAAUGGCUUGCUUGCUGCCAUGGAAGAAGCCAUAAACAUAUCAGAAGAUCCUACAAGAGAUGGCCCUUCAUCAACUAAUGGGUCCACUAAAACAUCAAGUGAAGUAGAAGAAGAGGAUGAUACUGUUCACAUGGGAAAUGCCAUCAUGACUUUUUAUGCUGCUCUGAUUGAUCUCUUGGGACGCUGUGCUCCAGAAAUGCAUCUCAUCCAUGCUGGCAAAGGGGAAGCCAUUAGAAUCAGAUCUAUUCUGAGGUCCUUGAUUCCUUUGGAGGACUUGGUGGGUGUAAUUAGCAUUCCUUUUCACAUGCCAACAAUAGCAAAAGAUGGCAAUGUUGUAGAACCUGAUAUGUCAGGUGGGUUUUGCCCUGAUCACAAGGCAGCGAUGGUAUUGUUUCUUGACAGGGUCUAUGGAAUUGAAAACCAAGAUUUUCUUCUACACCUACUAGAAGUUGGCUUUCUACCAGAUCUUCGUGCAGCUGCUUCAUUAGAUACGGUUGCCCUAAGUGCCACAGAUAUGGCCCUGGCUCUUAAUCGGUAUCUCUGCACUGCUGUUUUGCCUUUAUUAACAAGAUGUGCUCCUCUUUUUGCUGGAACAGAACAUCAUGCUUCCCUUAUAGAUUCCUUGCUACAUACUGUAUAUCGGCUUUCCAAAGGCUGUUCACUUACCAAAGCUCAGCGGGAUUCUAUUGAAGAGUGCCUACUCUCCAUUUGUGGUCAGCUAAGACCUUCAAUGAUGCAACAUUUGUUGAGAAGAUUAGUGUUUGAUAUCCCUCUUCUAAAUGAACAUGCCAAAAUGCCUCUUAAGUUGCUGACAAUUCAUUAUGAAAGAUGUUGGAAAUACUACUGUUUACUAGGAGGGUGGGGCAACUUUGGUGCUGCAUCAGAAGAAGAACUUCAUUUGUCCAGAAAGCUGUUCUGGGGUAUUUUUGAUGCCUUAUCUCAAAAGAAAUAUGAACAAGAACUAUUUAAAUUAGCACUGCCAUGCUUGAGUGCUGUAGCUGGGGCUUUACCUCCUGAUUACAUGGAAUCAAAUUAUGUUGGUGUUAUGGAAAAACAGGCUUCCAUGGAUUCAGAUGGAAACUUCAAUCCACAGCCUGUUGAUACUUCAAACAUUAUAAUUCCUGAAAAACUAGACUACUUUAUAAACAAAUAUGCUGAACAUUCUCACGAUAAAUGGUGCAUGGAAAAGUUUGCAAAUGGGUGGAUAUAUGGUGAAACAUAUUCAGAAUCUUCCAAAGUGCAGCCAUUAAUGAAACAAUAUAAACUAUUAUCAGAAAAGGAAAAAGAAAUUUAUAGAUGGCCAAUUAAAGAGUCUCUGAAAACCAUGCUUGCUUGGGGAUGGCGGGUUGAAAGAACGAGGGAAGGAGAUUCUAUGGCUCUUUAUAAUCGUUCACGUCGGAUAUCACAGACAAGUCAGGUUUCUGUAGAUACAGUCCAUGGCUAUACUCCCCGUGCAAUUGACAUGAGUAAUGUUACCCUGUCCAAAGAGUUACAUGCAAUGGCUGAGAUGAUGGCUGAAAAUUAUCAUAACAUAUGGGCAAAAAAAAAGAAAAUGGAGCUUGAAGCCAAAGUGGGAGGAGGAAAUCAUCCCCUACUUGUACCCUAUGAUACAUUGACAGCCAAAGAAAAAGCUAAGGAUAGAGAGAAAGCCCAAGAUAUUCUGAAGUUCCUCCAGAUCAAUGGCUAUGUUGUGUCCAGAGGCUUAAAGGAUUUAGAAUUAGACACACCAUCCAUUGAAAAAAGGUUUGCUUACAGUUUUCUCCAGCAAUUGAUACGAUACGUAGAUGAAGCCCAUCAGUAUAUUCUGGAAUUCGAUGGUGGCAGCAGAGGGAAAGGAGAACAGUUUCCUUAUGAACAAGAAAUCAAAUUCUUUGCUAAAGUUGUACUUCCUUUAAUUGAUCAGUAUUUCAAAAAUCACCGCCUGUAUUUCCUAUCUGCAGCAAGCAGACCUCUGAGCAGUGGGGGUCAUGCUUCUAACAAGGAGAAAGAAAUGGUAACCAGCCUAUUCUGCAAACUUGGAGUUCUUGUCAGGCAUAGGAUUUCACUGUUUGGAAAUGAUGCAACUUCAAUAGUCAAUUGUCUUCAUAUCUUGGGUCAGACCUUGGAUGCAAGGACAGUGAUGAAGACAGGUUUGGAAUCUGUUAAGAUGGCUUUGAGGACAUUUUUGGAUAAUGCUGCAGAGGACCUUGAAAAAACAAUGGAAAAUCUUAAGCAGGGGCAAUUCACACACACCAGGAGUCAGCCAAAAGGAGUAACACAAAUUAUUAACUACACAACAGUGGCUCUCCUGCCAGUAUUGUCUUCAUUAUUUGAGCACAUUGGACAGCAUCAGUUUGGUGAAGAUUUGAUAUUGGAAGAUGUUCAAAUCUCUUGUUAUAGAAUAUUGGCCAGCUUAUAUGCUUUGGGAACCAGCAAGAGUAUCUAUGUGGAACGUCAACGCUCAGCUUUAGGUGAAUGUUUAGCUGCUUUUGCUGGUGCCUUUCCUGUGGCAUUUUUAGAAACUCAUCUGAAUAGUCACAAUAUUUAUUCUAUAUACAAUACCAAGACAACAAGAGCAGGUUUGAGUUUACCAAACAGCGUAAAGGAACUUUGUCCAAAUAUUCCAUCUCUGGAACAACUAAUGGAAGAAAUUGUAGAAUUAGCUGAAUCAGGCAUUCGCUAUACACAAAUGCCUCAUGUAAUGGAAGUUAUAUUGCCCAUGCUUUGUAGUUACAUGUCACAUUGGUGGGAACAUGGACCAGAAAACAAUCAUAACAAGAGUGAAAUGUGCUGCACAGCAUUGACUUCAGAUGAUAUGAAUACUCUUCUGGGAAACAUUCUAAAAAUCAUACAUAACAAUUUGGGCAUAGAUGAAGGAGCCUGGAUGAAGAGAUUAGCAGUGUUUUCUCAGCCUAUCAUAAGCAAAGUGAAGCCGGAACUUCUGAAAACGCAUUUUCUUCCACUGAUGGAGAAACUGAAGAAAAAAGCAGCUCUGGUGAUUGCUGAUGAAGAACACUUACGAGCAGAAGGCAGGGGUGAUAUGUCUGAGGCGGAACUUCUCAUUCUAGAUGAAUUCACUACGCUUGCCCGGGACCUUUAUGCCUUCUAUCCAUUGUUGAUCAGAUUUGUGGACUACAACAGAGCAAAAUGGCUUAAAGAGCCCAAUCCUGAAGCUGAAGAUUUGUUUCGUAUGGUUGCAGAGGUUUUCAUUUACUGGUCAAAAUCCCAUAAUUUUAAAAGGGAAGAACAGAACUUUGUGGUGCAAAAUGAAAUCAACAAUAUGUCUUUCCUUAUUACUGACACUAAAUCGAAGAUGUCCAAGGACCAGAAGAUGAAUGAAGAUGAAAAAGAUGAAAGAGAAGAUACUAAAUUUGAACAUGAAAAAGCAGAGGGAGAAGAUGGAGAAAAGGAAGAGAAAACAAAAGAAGAUAAGGGAAAGCAGAAACCAAGGCAGCGUCACAAACAUAGGCAUGGUGAACUAGAAUUGCAAGAAUCUGCCUUCUGGAAAAAAAUUAUUGCAUAUCAACAGAAAGUCCUUAAUUAUUUUGCCCGGAAUUUUUACAAUAUGAGGAUGUUGGCUUUAUUUGUUGCAUUUGCCAUUAAUUUCAUUCUUUUAUUCUACAAGGUAUCUACAUCUUCAGUAUCAGAAGAAAAGGAAGUACAAGUAGUUAAUACUGCUGAGAAAAUGAAGCUAAACAGCCUAGAAAGUCCUUCUCAUAGAAUCAUCACAGUACACUAUGUCCUUGAAGAAAGCAGUGGCUACAUGGAACCUACACUCCGCAUUUUAGCGAUUUUACACACUGUCAUUUCCUUUUUCUGCAUCAUUGGGUAUUACUGUCUGAAAGUUCCAUUGGUAAUAUUUAAGCGAGAAAAAGAAGUUGCAAGGAAAUUGGAAUUUGACGGGCUGUAUAUUACAGAACAGCCUUCAGAGGAUGAUAUUAAGGGACAAUGGGACAGACUUGUUAUCAAUACACAGUGAAUAAAUAACAUUUCAGAAGGAAAAAUAAUUGUUACUAUAUUGUUUCAGGUUAUGGAUAAAUAUGGAGAGUUUUAUGGCAAAGACAGAAUCAGUGAAUUGCUGGGAAUGGAUAAGGCUGCUCUAGAUUUCAGUGAUGCUCGAGAAAAAAAGAAACCCAAAAAGGAUAGUUCUUUAUCAGCUGUGCUGAAUUCUAUUGAUGUAAAGUAUCAAAUGUGGAAACUAGGUGUUGUUUUCACUGAUAAUUCUUUUCUGUACCUGGCCUGGUAUAUGACCAUGUCAGUCCUUGGUCAUUACAACAAUUUUUUCUUUGCUGCACACCUCCUUGACAUAGCAAUGGGAUUUAAAACAUUACGAACGAUUCUAUCAUCAGUGACCCACAAUGGGAAACAGCUUGUACUAACUGUGGGAUUACUAGCAGUGGUAGUUUAUCUAUACACAGUAGUUGCUUUCAAUUUCUUCCGAAAAUUCUACGAUAAGAGUGAAGAUGGAGAUAUGCCAGAUAUGAAAUGUGAUGACAUGCUAACGUGCUAUAUGUUUCACAUGUAUGUGGGAGUACGUGCUGGUGGUGGAAUUGGUGAUGAAAUUGAAGAUCCUGCAGGCGAUGAAUAUGAAAUAUAUCGAAUCAUCUUUGAUAUUACAUUUUUCUUUUUUGUAAUUGUUAUUCUACUAGCUAUCAUACAAGGCUUGAUUAUUGAUGCAUUUGGAGAAUUAAGAGAUCAGCAAGAACAAGUUAAAGAAGACAUGGAGACUAAAUGUUUUAUCUGUGGAAUAGGUAAUGAUUAUUUUGAUACAGUGCCACAUGGCUUUGAAACACAUACUCUACAGGAGCACAACUUGGCUAAUUAUCUAUUUUUUCUGAUGUACCUCAUUAAUAAAGAUGAAACCGAACACACUGGUCAAGAGUCAUAUGUUUGGAAAAUGUAUCAAGAACGAUGCUGGGAAUUUUUUCCUGCUGGUGAUUGUUUCCGAAAGCAGUAUGAAGAUCAGCUAAACUAAUUAUAAUUGAGGACCAUUCCUUGAGAUUCCAUCAACACCUUUCCCGAUUCCCUUGGGAACAAUCAUCAGAUUUUCCAGACCCGUUAAACAGGAUGCUGUUUGGAGCAGCAAAACCUUUUUUUUAAUGACUCCUCUGUUCUUUUUCUUCCGAUUUUGCUUUGAGAACAAUGAGAACUUAACUCUAGCAAGAGAAGGGAAAAAAUCCCACACAACAAAUCCCCAUAUGUCACAUGAACACAUUUACACAAAAAGAGACUUGUGACAGAUUUUAUUUUUCCUUCUAAGACUGCCUGAUGACUUCCUUAAAUAGGAGAACACAUGUGGAAUAAUGUGAUAGUCACAUUUCUUCAGUCAUUUAUUUCAUCAUCCUGGAAGGAAUUCUGUGGUUUGCAGAGGGCUUUAAAGGAUUCUGGGGGACACUAAGUUGUGGGGAAAUAGUGCCUUACUAUAUGUAGGUUGAGCUAUGCAGAAGAUGAGUGCAUGAUGACAUCUUAUAUUUUGUUUAUCUGUCCCCUCUUUCCUCCCAAUUUAAUAUUUAUUUUGUCUUUUGGAGGGAUUUGGGUGGGACUUGGUUGUGCACACCUUUUUAACUAGAUGAUGGCGUGUCUCAGGAUAAAAAGUAGUAGUUGGGUUUUUUGUCAUUAAGUUAAAUUCACAAGAAUCUUCCUCUUUCACUCGUACACUUAUUUUGGUAAUGCUGUAAUGCAGCACUGUAACUUUAUGAAAUCUUUGUAUGAAAACAAAAACACUGCAGAAAAAUGUUAAAAGGAAUUAUUUCAUUGCAUGUUUAUUAUGCAAGUUUAAACAACAGAAAGCAACCUUUUGAAGCAAGUUGAUCAACAUGAAAAAAAAUCACAAUAAUAUUCAUAGUAAUCAAGUGUUGUGGGCUUUAUCGUACAUUUGAAAUCAGUGUCAUCAACCCACAAAUUAUGUAUGUAUUAUGAACUUGCCAGUAGUUUGGUUUCAUUUUUCUUCUCUGUUCCUUUUGUUGCUGUUCAUUUGGUCAUUUGUGAUCAUUAGUGGAAUUAAAGCUUUUCUUAAGUUAGUUUUUUAAAAUCAAAGGUAAAGCAAUAUCCAUUCAGGGAUUUCAUUAGUUGCACCAUGAAGCACCAAGAAUGUGUAACACUCCACGUUGAGUCCUUUUUAAUUGUAACACCAAUCAAAUAAAAAGAAAGAUUUGGAAUGGAAGUAGAGUGGUUUUCCACUCCCUUGGCUUCUUUGUGAAAUCAUUUCAAAAUGAAGUCUUUAAGAUUCUGUUUUUGGGAUGAAAUUUUACAGAAAGUUCUAUAUUCCUAAUGUGGUUGCUUUGGUCCCCUUGGAUUUUUCUCCUUUUUAUAUUAAUUGCAAAUUAUUUGCUUAGCCACAGUUUAUGGUACAAAAAGAUUUAUUGCAGUAAUUCUGUAGCUAAAAUGAAGAUAGCAUCCUCAUAUUAUCUUGUACUAGCUUCACUUCUAAAGAAAUGCUUUAAAACUGGAGAUUAUAUUUCAUGUAUCUAUUGAAUGGGACUCUGGCUCACCAAUCCUAUACUGUAAUAAAUUUGCAGGUUUUUGCUAAAAACCACAAAACUAUUUAUCAUAGAAAAAAAAUAUAUCCAGAAAACUUGAUUAUCAUCUAGUAGUGAAUAAAUCAAUUGGUUUGUGACACUGUGUUGGAUGUAAGCAUUGUUUGAAACACUGAAUAUUGAAUGUCUUUUAAUUUUUCAGAGAUAUUUUAUUGUGAGAAAUUUUAGGCUUCUACUCCAGACUACAAGAUCGUUUUACAGUACAACCACAGAGAAACUAGCUUCAAGUUUACCGAAUAUUAGAAAUAUUCUGUUUUAGGUCAAGUAAGCAAAUUAGCCUCUAUUCUGAAGGCUUACUGUUUAUUCAGUUGUUGGUGAUCAGUAAAUAAGAGGACACUAGAAUAUUUCUAUUUCAUAUUUUAAGAUUACAAUGUUGAAAUGUAUUUCGUAAGGAAAUAAUUUCUUCAACAUUAGACAACCAUUUUAUGUUGAAACAUAAAAUAUAACAUACUUUUCUGUUGUGCAAGUCAAAAUUAAUUCAGUGAUCUAUUUCUGCUACUUAACUUUCUAAAAAGACAUUUUAACAAGAUACAAAUAAUUUCAAAAACAAUUUGCAGAUCCUUGUUUUAGAUUUAUCCUCUGCUAUAUUAUUCUGAAUAACUACGUUCUUCAAAAUUGUCUUGGUGCAAUUGGGCUUAUCAUGUAAUCCUCAGUAUUGGACUGUUUGUUUAAAGAACAAUUUAGAAUUCUUAUUGCAUGUCAGGACUAUAUAUUUAGUUAUUUCGCACUGUCAUGACUUCUAUAGCUGAAUUUGCACCAUCAGACCAAGUAAUUGUGCAAAGGUUUCUUUGUAUUUCCCUACAGUCCAAAAGAUGCAGUGGAUUAUGAUGGGAGAUAAAUUGUGAAACUCAAAUUAUAUCUAAUUCUUAUUGUAUGCCCAACUUUCUCCAUACUUUUACCAAGCUGCAAUACUGAAACAACUAAAACAUUUUUUUCUUAUUAACGCUAGUUUUUUAGGUUAGUUGAGAAGUUUCUUCUGCAUUUAUUAUUAUACGUAUCUCAUUUGUGUUGUUCUUAAAUUUCUGCUGUUAUAAUGAAUUGCUAACCUCAUCUGUGAAAUUACCACAACUAAUAAUAUUACUUUUAUGUAGAUCUUUAUUUACCUCCCAACCAUCUGAUAGAACUCUGGCAACUUUCUAAUUAU